CAUGCUCCGUUGUCACAUGAUUCGCGCGUCCGAGGACCUUGACUUCCGGGUUCACACCUGUUUACGUCUUGGGUCUUGUUUUUCAAGACCUCUGCGUCUCAUGAUGCCUACCUCUCAAGGUGAAUGGAUGCUAGGGUGUCUCAGGAAAGUACAAGGACUUUUCAGAAUAUGGUGGGAGCAAUUCUUGUCUCUGAAAACCACCCAGAAAAUCGUUGGAGUUGGGGUGGGCGUGUUACUUCUCGCAAAAGUAGUCGGAUAUUCUUCGUACCUUCUCAUGUAUUUUGCACUUCUUGCCUGUGGAAUAUGGCUUGGAAAUUACCUCACAAGUCACGACAAGCUUCUCAAGUCCGAAAUGCUGCUAGAACUGUUUGAAAUGUUGUCACUCAAGCCAGAGACAACCAUUGGUGGGCAAAACUCAGAAGGGGACCCCUCAAACUUGGAUCCUCUGAAUCAACAACUUGAAUCUCUCACAAGAAAUAUUAUGCGUGACUUUGUUAUGACGUGGUACAGAGACAUAACAGCUGACCGUCAGUUUUCAGACGAAGCGUUUGAAUCCUUAGAAGACAUGUCUCUAACCCUGUCUUCGCGAUUCAAGGAGUUGGACCAACACGUCUUAGUAGAAAAAGUUCUUAAAGUAGUCCACAGGCACUUAUUCACAACCAAAGAGGCAAGAAGACUCUUAAAAACCCAGCCAAACUUCUUCAAAAGUGACUUGGAUUCAGAAUCUUCCUUGUUUGCAGCGUAUGAAAAAGUCGCAAAGAUACACAUCGCUCUCCAAAGCCAGGCUAUUGAGUUGGACUAUUUACGGAGCAUAGCGGAGGUCCUCUUGUACGUAGUUUUUCCAGUGAGCACGUUUAGAUGUGAGUCAGGGAAAGAGCUGGUUCGAGAGAUCCUAACGUGUCAGCUGAUCUUACCUGUAGUUAACAUGGUGUCUGAUCCUGAUUGGUUGAACCAAAAGAUUUUCCAUAUCCUAUCUCCAUCUGAAGUUGUGUUAGAAAAAGGUGUUGAUGAGAAUUUGACAUUACCUGUGACAGCAGGGAGUAUAGAAGACAUGAGCAUUGAAUAUUCAAGAAGCAGAGACUUACCUCAAGUUGACAAUAGUGUGUCUAUAGGGAGAGCAGAAGAGACAACACACUCUUCAGCAAAAUCUUCUGCUGAGGUUCCUAGUCUAAAGGCAACGUUCAUAGUAGGAUCGGAUGUCAGCGUAGAAUCACAACAGUCAAAAAAGUCAGGUAACAAAAAGUUAGAAACGGUGGGUGCUCCCUUAGCACAGGAAAAUCCCCAUGAGACAACAGAGUGUAGAUCUGAACAAGUCAGAGAGGAACCCAUAGGUGGUACCGGCAGUCCUGGUAGCAUUAGUCCAUUGAGUACUUCUUUAGAAGCUUUGUCAAGCACUAAGCCAAAAGAUGUGUUGUCUGGCUCAUUGUCGAGUUCUGAAUCAAGUCCAAAAGAUGUAUUUCUACCCGAUAUUGUAAUGGUGAAGGAUUCUGAUGGUCCAGAAAGUCACGAGGAAAGGCUGACAAAAGAAGAAGACACUCAAGAACAUCUCAAGAAGCCUGGGAUUGGUAGAAGGGCUUCGGCUUUACUCAUGAAGAAGUUAGGGCUUGGUAGUAAGAAAGAAGAAGAGCAAAGUAAGAAGGAGGAAGAAAGGCCAUCAGGUACAGCAGAUCAAAAAUCAACAGUGGAUGCUCCUGCUGCUAGCUCGGAGGAAACCCCACAAACCUCUAUGGUGGACUUGGACCAACUGCAGUCACAUUUUAGACUUGCUCCGUCCAACUCACCAAGACCAACAUUGGUGAGAAGUUCCUCACAAGACAGUUUUGUGAGCAUACCUGAGGAUGAGAAUGAACUGUACUCCCCCUUUGAGCAAGUCACCAUGGAAGAAGUUGUUGCAUCAAUAGCUCGCCAUUCCAUGGCCUCAGAUUCACAGAUCCAAGAAGAAUCUGCCUCUGACAAAUUAGCAGCUUUGCCAAUACUCAGGACAAAAAGUAACAGCGAAUCAAAGCUCGGGAAUGAAGAUGUUACCAUCAGAACUGUUUCCCAGCCAAUAUCUAUCUCCGUACCAUCCACAAAACUGCCAAGAAGUGCAACUUCUCCAGGGCUUUUGUCCAAUUCUCCAAAAAGAUCCCCUCUUUCCAACAGCCCAAAUCUAAACCAGUUUAGGCAGUCACCGUCCAAAGAGAGGGAGAGGCAAAUGAAGAGAAGUCUCAGUUCAAGUCCAGGGUCGGAACGUGCCACUUUUCCGCAGGCAGAAAUCAGAGCAAGUUCAGAGAACAUCCCGGAAGUUUCAGGCAGAAAGGAUGAUGGGAAGGAUGAGAAAGAUGGAGCAAGUCAUCAUGGGAAGGAGAACCAUCUUUCCUCCAGGCUGUUCCACAAUGUGCGCAUCCCCAAAACUCAAACAGCUGUGGAGUACAAGGGGAUGGGGACAAGGAAAUACACCUUGUACAGAGUGCAGUAUGAGACGACCAUAAUGGUGCCCAUGGAGGGAGAGUUGGGGCAGGAAGCUGUGGAACCCAUCACCACGACGAUGUCGGUACGGCGACGGUUCAGGGAGUUCAUCACUCUACAUGUAGCCUUGGAGGAGAACCCCAAAUUCAGGAAGAUCAUGAAAAAUGUAAAAGGCCCCAACAGAUUGUUCUACCUGCCGUUUGGUAACAUGGACAAAAACACCAUCAGACAGAGACGAGGUCAGCUGCAAGACUUCCUCGGGGAACUUUGCUCCAGACCAGAACUGUGCCAAAGUAAGGAGUUGCAGGAGUUCCUGGCCUAUGGGAGGGACGGCAGCAUAGCCUUCGUAAGGAAACCUCCCGACAUCAUUCCUAGGUUUGACAAGCUGUUCACCGAUGCUGUGUCCGACCUGUUUGACACCGUCAAGUCAGCCCUGCCUUCCACCAAGUCACAUGACCAGGAGGGAGAUACCAAGUCCAACUCCAAGAGCGGGGGUGCUAAGUCCAAGCCGUCAGCAGGGACAACUGUAGAGAGUAACUCAGGAAUAAAGAGAAAUCUGGCCUUCAUAGAUUCAACAAUGCUGUCUGUUGAGACCACGUUACAGAUGUUUAUUGCGGAGAAUGACCGUGAGAACGAGGCACUAUUGAGGGAUGAUGUGGGACGGCCGAGGGGGGCAGGGGAGGAACCAUUACUGCUGCUGGGACCCAGAUCACAGGGGGAUGGGUGUGACAUGACAGAUAUGGGGACAGAGGCACAACAUACAGGUCCAGUAGAGGAGCCCCUCCCCCUGGCUGACACAACCCUUCUGAUUGGCUGUGAGGCCCUGGAGGGUCAGAGGUCAUGGUUCUGUGAGGACAGGGUACAACAGGUGGUGAGGACAGCAGCUGGCAGGUUACUGGAACAGUGGCUCCACAGUCAGGUGACUUUGCUGACCAAUCAGGAGCAGUGUGUGUACUACCUGUCCCUCCUACGGGAAGCCGUGUGGCCAGGCGGGGUCCUGCCGGAUGAGCCUGAACCAAUCAGAACGGAGGAAGAGAAGGAGGAGAGCAAACAGCAGGCACUGGAAGCCAUGGUCAACUUCCUACCAGGCCUGUUUCCUGUGCUGUUGGGUCAGCUGCAGUACCGGACAGCCAUGCAGGAGGCACUAGAAGCCUUCCAGAACCCAAAAAUCAACAGACACAUUGCUUACUGCCUGCUGGACCUGUUAGUAGAAGCCUUGGUGCCUGAAGUGGACACGGCAGAACUGCAAAGGAACCUUCUUCUGUCUGACAACCACAAACCUGAACCUGCACAAACAGACAUGGACCUACUGUACUAACUCUGUGCUAUUCUAGCACUAAUGUGUGCUACAGUCAAACCUGUACAUGUCUAUAGCGGCCACUCAAGCUAUAGGAACAAGUCACGAUAGAUAGGUGGCGGCACCUUAGACAGGAUUCUUAAUGCUUAGGUGUAUGGAAAGGGGCCACCAAAAAGUUGUCACAUUGGCCAGGUAGUUGCUUUUCAAAGAUGUUCACUGGUACAGGUUUGACUGUUCAUUGUAAAAAGGUGAACUUCUGUUGCUUUGAAUUUUUCCUAGCGGCCCUCCCACUGGCUACAUUGGUAGGGGAGGUGAAAAUCUUCCCUCGUGAAAGUUGAAAUUUCUGUAUAUGACACCUUCAAAAAUAGGUAUCGAAUAGCCUUCUCCUCAUUAUAUACCCUUAGCAGAUGCACAUUUGGUGACAAAAGUAUAUGUCAGCAGGGUAACAUUAAUCAUCUCCAAAAUUGCUUUCAUUAAGCAUACAAAUGUAGAUGAGACAAUGAACUGAACUGAGAGGUGAACCUCAUAAGCAAAUAUCGAGGAUUAGGGCAGAUAUUGACGAAAUCCUAACAAGGAAUUACAAACUGGCUACUGUUUCCAUUGUGACAUCAUGACAGGUAUAGUCAUGUUUGAUUUAAAAAGCCUCCAUAGCAGCUCCUUUUUUGCGAGGGGGGGGGGGGUCAGCUCGGUUCUGAGCCAACAUUAAAAAUCGUGAGCCAGCAACCCCCCCCCCCUCCAAAAAAAAACCCGUUCGGAGACUGCUACAAGGGCAAGGGCUAUGAUUUAAUUACCUGGUGGCAGGAACCUAGAGCUGACAGUACAAAUGUACUGGUUUUUGAUGGUUUGAUGCUCAAUAACAUCAGAAGGGUGUGUAUUUGGUAUAAACACUUAUGUCCAUUGUCUGAUACCAUUCUGGUGUCAUAAAAACUUUUAAUUAUGAAGCAUGGAAUUGUCAGAUAUGUUAUGCACAGCUACAAUGAAAAGUAUAACAAGCUAUACAUAUAUAUAUAUAUAUAUAUAUUAUAUGGUCAUCAUUUUGUGCCAAAUAUAUUACUUGUUGUGGAACUUUAUCAAACACACAUAUCAAUGUUACAGUAAUGUUACUUAUUAUGUUCAGUUCAACCUCCAUGCUCUGACCAAAGCAAAUGACAUACAAAUGCACAAUUGUCAUUUUGUUUUAUUUGAAUUAUAAAAUUAUGCUCAUUUGAGAAUGAGCACUGCAGUUUUGCAAUUAUGUGUAUAUAUUGUGAUGCACACAAAAAUGCUGAAUAACUAAAAUUUCUUGUUUUAUUUUGCAGCAUUUGUUUGAUAGUUGUUUAACUGUAGCUUCCCAGAGUGACAAUAUUGGUAUCCAGCAGGAAAAGGCCAUGUAAAUAUAAUAGUAGCCAUGAAAUGAGCUCAAUAUUUCGUUGAAAUUGUAAAAAUAGAGCUGUUUUAUUCUAUGCAAAUAGACAGUGCAAUAUGGAAUAAAAACAGCUAGCAUAGUAGAAACAUGUUACAUUCAGGAUGGAGUAUUGCCUACACUUAGUUUCUGACAGGUGCAAUUAUUGUUACAAUUUGCGACCAUAAAAAUGUUUCACUUUUGUUGCAUACAGAGUUACAUGUUGAAUGCCUCAACGUUUGUGCAAUAGGAAUCUAUACAAUACUUACAGUCACAACUCAAUAAAAUCGGUUCCGGUAUGUCAAACAA